AGAUCUAUCAUGUAUCACGGUCCCGAUAGCUGGCCGGGCCCUCUGCGAUACCCAUCUAAUAUUCAUAUAUACAUCUGUACCGUACCGACCUUCACUGCUUGUCAUGCCCUGCGAUGCCCAGCCCAUGAUGAUAUGUACCUCCGCCUGAGACGACACACGACGAUGCAAGAUACUUAUACAGACACAUGCGAGAAGACAGACGAAACGAAACGAGCGAACACCCCGGCGGUACACGACUGCCCUACCGCAAGUACCAACAAUAAAAAGUAACCUCAAUCCACGGCCGCUUUUACACGCGCCCCGCCGCCUCCCCUCUUCGCAUACCCGUCUCGUCUCUCCUCACGCGAGCACAACCGCCCACCGCUCAGUCGUCCUUCUUCGCUCCGGCCAACGGCGACUUCACGAACGGGAACCCAGCCGCCCCGGGAGCAGGCGACCGCGGAAACGCCGUCGACCCCGCACUCGGCGUCGGCGGGAAAUGCGCAUAGCUCGGCGUCACCGCCGGCGAACCCGCGUUUGCGUUCGCCGCGCCGAGGAACGGCGACGGCGCGGGCAUCGACGGCGAGCGCGCGGAUGCAGGGCCGGGCCCGAACGCGCUGGACGGC